AUGCUUGCGUCUCAACCACCAUCCUCACACCCCUCAAACACGCUCAACAUGGCGCCUGUAGCAGACACCACUUCCACCACCUUUGCAUCCGCCUCGUCGUCGGUGGCGCUGUACGUGGUGAAUCCAAACAGCUCGGCGGUGAUCACAUCUGCUCUCGCCGCCUCUCUCGCCGUGCCACCGGGCUGCCACGCAAAUUUCGUCACUGGUCCACCAUCGUCUCCCGAGAGCAUUCAAGAUAUCCCUGGCUCGAUCAUCUCGGCUGCCGAGACGUACCGCUCUCUGGUGGCCUCUUCUCCGUCGGACGAUCUAGCUUUGCAUCCGGCCGAUGCGUUCCUAGUCGCGUGCUUCAGCGACCAUCCGCUCGUGGGGAUGCUGCGACAAAAGUGCCCGUCCAAACCAGCCGUACACCUGCUCGAGGCUGCGGUCGUACACGCUCUCUCUGCGGGGAAUCGGUUCGGCGUGCUCACCACGGGCCGAUCGGUGGUGCCGGACGUCGAGGCGGGUGUACGCAAGCUACUCGGCGGCAACAGCGACCGAUACGUCGGCACGCACGCUACCGGUCUCGGCGUCGUCGAACUUCAAACAGGCAACAGGGAGAAGGUCGAAGCGGCGAUUACAACCGGUGCGCAAAAGCUCGCAGCAAGCGGUGCGGAUGUGAUCAUCCUAGGCUGUGCGGGGAUGACGGGCAUGCAGCCGCUCGUGCGCCGGGCGUGCGCUGCGCUUGGACCAGACUAUGCCAGUGUCGCGGUGAUCGACGGCGCCAUCGCCGGCAUGCACAUCCUAGCCGGCCUCGCAAGAACAAACUACCGAGCCUAA